AUGGAUCUUGAGUUUAAUGCCUUGAUUCAUAAUAACACCUGGCGGUUAGUGGAUCGCACUCCGGAUAUGAAUGUCGUUAGGUGCAAAUGGGUGUUCAGGACGAAGCGCAAGGCUGAUGGCACAGUCGAGAGGCACAAAGCACGGUUAGUUCCUAAAGGCUUCACUCAGGUGGCAGGUCAGGACUUCUUUGAGACUUUCAGACCUAUCGUCAAGCCAACCACUGUGCGACUUCUUCUGUCUUUGGCUGUCUCUUGGGGUUGGACGAUUCGGCAGCUCGACGUGCACAAUGCGUUUCUCAAUGGUAAUCUCUCUGAGACUGUUUAUAUGAGGCAGCCGCCUGGCUAUGAGGAUAAGGCCCGGACGGAUUUCGUAUGUUCAUUGCAACGGUCGUUGUAUGGGCUUAAGCAGGCCCCUAGGGCGUGGUUUGACAGGUUACGUGCUUUCUUGGUUUCGGUGGGGUUUUCACCAUCCAAUACGGAUGUCUAUUUAUUCAUUUAUUCUCGUGACUCUGUCUGCUUAUAUUUGCUUGUGUAUGUUGAUGACAUCCUCGUGAUGGGUUCUGAUGCUACUCGUGUGCGUCGUCUACUUACUGACUUAGCCUCAGAGUUCAAGAUUCGUGACAUGGGUGCUCCGUCCUUCUUUCUUGGCAUUGAGACAGUCUCCCGGGAUGGCGGUCUCUUUCUUUCCCAGCAACGGUACAUGCAGGACAUUUUGACUCGUGCAGGUAUGGUGGAUUGUAAGUCGAUGGCUACUCCGAUUCCUGUGUCUCGUCCGGUGCCUGAUUCUGUGGCUCCCUAUGCGGAUCCCAUGCAAUAUCGUAGUCAUUUGGGAACCCUUCAGCACCUUACUGUGACGCAUCCAGAUCUCUCUUUUGCUGUGAAUCGGAUUUGUCAGCACAUGCACUCCCCGACUACUGAGCAUUGGGCUAUGCUCAAGCGCGUACUCGGGUACGUGAAAGGUACUCUCCAUUUCGGUCUCUUUAUCCGUCUGUCAUCUUCUCUUGUUGUUCAUGCUUUCUCGGAUUCGGACUGGGCUGGUGAUCCGAAUGACAGGAAAUUCACUAGUGGUUUUGCGGUUUUUCUGGGUGGCAACCUGAUCUCCUGGUCGUGGCAGAAGCAACGGACGGUUGCUCGGUCAUCUACUGAGGCUGAUCUCUCUGCUUCGUGA